AUGGUUUCUAGGAGGCUUUUCUCGUUGUCCUCCCGUUGGAGACGAUAUCCAGAGAUGUCCGACGAGGAAUGCGUUCGAGUGAUCGCAUCGACGAAUACCAGAGCGCCUAUCGGAACCGAUUGUUAUGAUAUUUUAGCGUUCUCUGAGAAUAAUCCUUCGUUGAAAUUUAAAGAUAGAACAACGGAUUCUAGUGAUCUUAAGGAAGUUUUCGCCAAAUUCGACUCAUCACAACCUAUAAGUACGGAGAUUCUCAGUCGGACCAGAUAUCUAUGUGCAAAAUAUCUUGGCGGUGCAUGGAAUCGAAUACGGCUGGAUCAGUUCAGAUUAAAAGCUAUUACCGGUGGCAUGUCGAACCUGCUAUUUCUGGUUGAGUUGAGCUCAGAGGUGGAGAGCAUAGGAUCGGAGGCUCGACAAGCUCUUCUACGAAUCCAAUGCCAAUCAGAUCUGGAUCAACUGCUUACUGAAUCCGUAGUGUUCACAUUACUAUCAGAACGUUGCUUAGGUCCAAAAUUACUCGGAGUUUUUCCUGGAGGUCGUUUUGAACAGUUCAUACCAAGUCGUCCACUACAAUGCACCGAGAUCAGCAAACCAAUGAUUGGACGAAUAAUUGCACCAAUGUUGGCUCGUGUACAUACGUUGGACGUGCCGAUCACUAAGGAACCGGAAGUGAUGAACUGCGCUCGUAGUUGGUUGACGAAAUUUCGUUUAACCGCUGGCGGCGCGCGUCCAAUCGAUAUACGCUGCACAGCCGCGCGCGUACCUCCUCAUUGUUAUCCAACCGCAAUCACUUGUGACCAAUUAGAGGAAGAGCUGAACUUUGUCGAGGAUUUCCUGGCGAAAAGCAAAAGUCCCGUUGUAUUCUCGCAUAAUGACCUACAAGAAGGAAAUAUUCUCUUAUUUGCUGACUAUCAUCUCGAUAUUGAUGGAACUGUUCGAAGUCGAUCGGGCGAGAAAGCCGAUAUUGAUCCACUCGUUUUAAUUGAUUUCGAAUACUGUAGCUAUAAUUAUAGAGGCUUCGAUCUUGGCAAUCAUUUCUGCGAAUACGGAUUCGAUUACAACUGUGAUCAACCACCAUAUUAUAAAAUUUAUGGCGAAAUGUUUGAGGUUGACCAGGAAAGGCGCAACUUCUGCGAAGCUUAUCGAGAUGAGGUUUACAAGAUGCGAGACACCGGAGAAAACCCACAUUUCCCGUCAGAUCUGGUGACCGGGAAUCGUGAAGCGGAUUUGGCUCGGCUUGUCACCGAAUCCACGUUAUUCAUGGCUGUUUCCAAUAUAUACUGGUCAUGUUGGGCAUUGUUAAACGCCGAGGAUGCAUUUAUUCAGUUCGACUACGGUUCCUACGCCAGAGAUCGACUCGCAUUGUAUUACCAACAAAAAGCUUCACUAAAAUCGUUUAUGGAUUCUCAAUAA